AUGGAUCUAUCAAGAAAGAAGGCUCGAUUAGAAGAAGAAAAUGAGCGAUACGAUUCACCAAUCGGCGAUCAGAAAGGGAUUUUCGAGGACAAGAGCAAUCUACUCUUGCAGCAAUUGGGAAUCGCUCCGCAACAGAUUUUGACUCUGUACCAACAGCUGGCUCGGGGCUCCUCAGUCACUUCACAAGACAGCGAUGGAGUCGCGCAAUUGGAUGAUUCAAGUCCGCUCACGUCGAACAGCGCUACGCCACGUCAACUGGAGUCAUUUCAGUGUCCAUUUGAGACGUGUGAAGAGAUUUACCCAUCAAAGGGUAGCCUGAUGUGGCACGUUGAUUUAACGCAUCAACAAGAAAAAUUGAUGGAGUGUGGAGAGUGUGGUGAUCGAGCGGAUAGUCAAGAGAUGCGUAAACAUCGAUGUUUCUUUCCGCAAAGAUCUGCAUCGACAUCAAACAUCGAGCGACGAGAUGACGAUGAGGAUGAGAGGAGAAGUGUGCCGCCGUUGAUCAGCUGCAAUUUCUCAUUGGUGAAACCGUGUUCGUCGACGGAACGCGUGCCAAAUUUAUGGGAGACACUUUUCCAAAGGAAUCCACUCGCUUUCCCCGAUGGAAUCCAUCCAAUCGAUCUCUCGUCGCCCGCACAUCCGGCAAUAUUUCCCGGAUUCUCAGGCUUUCCACCGUCACCUUUCCCUCAUGGACUCCCAGGUUUACCCCCGAAUCCAUUCUUGAUGCGUGCCGGUUUCCCGCCAGGAGGUGACCUUUUCUCGGGUGGGGCACUCGCUAAUGAGGAUGACUGGGAGAGCUUGAUGGAGGUCUCAAAUACAGAUGAAGCGGAAAAGAUUCGAGCUUUGGUCGGCGAUAAACCCCAGCCAACAACCGAUCCAAAUCAAUGCAUUCUCUGUCGACGAGUUCUCUCGUGUAAAAGCGCUCUACAAAUGCAUUAUCGAACGCAUACAGGCGAGCGUCCAUUUAAAUGCAAGAUUUGUCAACGAGCUUUCACAACAAAAGGCAAUCUAAAGACACAUAUGGGUGUGCACAGAGCUAAGCACACUUUUCGUGGCGUCGGUAUGGGUCCACCAAUGCUGAGCCCAGCGCAACAGUGUCCAAUUUGUCAGAAAAGAUUCUUAUCUGGCCAACAAUUGCAAGCACAUAUCGCCGAGCACACUCAACAAUUGAGAAACCCGUCAAUAUCCGGCGAGAAAUCAUCGGCUCCUUAUCCCAGAUCUCAGCAAAUCAAUUCUCUCCCACCGGGUUUCCCCUUGUUCCCUCUGCCUUUCCCAUUCGUCCCUCCAUCUCUUCUCACUUCUCCAAUCCAACAACGAGACUCAACGCCAUCAACGCCAAAUUUUUCUGCCCAAAGUCCAGCACCAAUAUCGACAUCAACCCCAUUCAAUCUGGCCGCUAUGCUGGGUUUGAGUGAAAACGGGAAAACAGCUCCUCCUCUGGCAACUCCGACAAUUCCGGCAACUCCAUCAAAUCCAUCAAAUCCAUUAAAUCCAUCAAACCUAUCAAACCUAUCAAAUCCAUCAAAUCCACCCCAAAUCGAGAGUCCAUCAAUCCUCUCGACUCAAGCCAUCGGAAAUCCAAUCCUCUCCGCACUUUCGCAAUCGUUUGGAAUCAAGUUUGACCCGGAAGCGAAUAAGCCGAUCGAUUUGAAAAUGGAGGUGAAGAAUGGAGAUUCGGUUUCACCGGGCGGUAGCAGUUCACACGGAUCAACGCAUGAUCAAACCGAUAGCUCAUCAGUUGGGCGAGAUUCCGAGUCGGAAGAGAAGAAGCCGCCGAUGGAAACCGGGGAAACAACGCCAACAAAAAGUCACGAGAUUUUCGAGAUUCCAAAGUUGAAUGGCGAGCGACGAAGCUCAGAAAACCCGUUGGAAGCUAUGCAGAAGAUGUGGGCUGAGGCAAAUACUGAGCCUGCCCCACCUCGACAAAUGCCGGUUUUAAGCAAACACCAAUGUGGAGUAUGUUUCAAGCACUUCAGCUCCUCGUCAGCACUCCAAAUUCAUAUGCGGACGCAUACGGGUGACAAGCCAUUUAAAUGCGAGGUUUGCGGACGAGCGUUCACCACUCGCGGCAAUCUUAAAGUACAUAUGGGCACUCAUAUGUGGCAACAAUCACCAUCGAGAAGAGGUCGUCGAAUCUUCGACUGUCCACCAAUUGAGAGUGCUCGUCCAUCAGCAUCGAUGCCUCAAUUGCCUCCACUCCCACUCGGUCUCCCAUUCCCACUCCCGUUCCCAUUAACGCCGACGACGCCAACUGGCUCACAAAUGGAUGCGAUGAUGAUGUUGAUGAGGACUGUUUGCUCUGUGUGUCAACGGGUGUGCUCAUCAGCCUCGGAACUCGAGCAACACUUGAAGGGACACUUGAGCGCUCUCGCUCCACCCACACAACAAGAAGCGAAUACAGCUGCCGCUAAA